AUGGCGACACAGCGGGUUCCCGCCCAACCGUGGCCUCGAGGCCCUCAGAAUGACCUUCACAGGGCCGCCAACGACGGCUCUAUCGAGCGAGUUGUUGCCCUGCUUGCGAGCAGACCAUCAAUAGACAUCAACCAGGGCGCGGAGUACGGUUGGACCCCUCUCAUGUUGGCGGCCUGGAGGGGUUCUUCACGGGUGGUCAGGAUCCUGCCCAACAAGGGAGCCAACGUCUCAGUAGUGGCUGACGAUUUCCACACGGCUCUACAUUUUUCCACUCAAGACGGCGGCCAUCCGGUUGUCACCAAGAUGCUGCUCAAGGCCGGUGCAGAUUUCGAAGCGGUGACGUCGGAGGGAGAGACGCCGCUUCAUCUGGUUGCUGACUCAGGGUGCUGGGAAGUAGCGCAAGUGCUCAUUGAGGCAGGCGCCUGCGUCAACAGCGUCAGGUCGGAUGGAGAGACACCGCUAUAUUCUGCUGCGCGUCAAGGACACAAGAAAGCGGCCAGGGUGCUCCUUCGUGCAAAAGCAAAUCCGCUGUUGACAAAGCCGACAUCAUCGGGAGUAACCUUCGUCCCGUUGGACACAGCCGCGGAAUAUGGACAAACGGAGGUGGUGCAAGAACUGGUCCAGCAAGUCAGUAUUAAGGGUUGCGGCGGUGCAAGUGGUGGGGUAGAUGCUCUCCGCCUGGCCGCCCUCAGCCAGAAUGUCGACGUCAUGGCUGUAUUGGCAGACGUAGGAGUGAUGGAUACCGGCGAGGCCCUGAUCACCGCCGCUGGACGCAACGACGAGGCAGGAGUGAAACUCCUUUUGCAGCAGCGACACGGUGCAUGUAUGUGA